CUGUACAAGUCCCUUGUUGCGUGUUGUGUUUGGCGAUUUGAUUCAAACUAUGGGGUGGGGUUUAGGUGUGGUUAGGAAAACCCUAGGCAAGCAUCGCGUGAAAGGCAGAAUGUACAGAUACGGUGAUAUGGUGGAAUUUUUUUUGCUUUACUGCUCAAAUUAUUGUGGCCAUUGACAGCCUGCACUGAUUCCUCUAUUUUUGUUCAUUUUCGGAGCUUUUACUGGUGGAAAUUGAUGAGAAUUUGGGUGGAAAUUGAAGGAAAAAUGAACGGAUCUGGGAAGUAAGCGGAGUUUGAGGUGGUUACGAUUUCUCAGAGGGAGAUACUGCAAAUUUGUACGACAAAACUUCCAAACUUGGUGAGUGGAGUGUACAACGAUUUUGUGAAUCGUCUGGAUGUGGUUUUCACGGUUUGAUUUUGGUACGAUUGUUGCUUUAAAGGCCGAACUUUGGAAAGGGGCUCUUCGUGAUAUUUUGACGUUGUAUUGGAGGGUUUAGGCGGUUUGCUUGUUGAGGUUCUGAGAUUGUCACGCGGCAUACUUAUGGGCCGUUGAAUUUUGGAGGGAAUGCUUGUGUGGUAGAUCGUCUGGAGCGAAUAUGCAGGGAAACCAAGCGAAUAGAGGAGGAGUUUUCUGUCUGUUGUGUUGUGAGUUGGAAAAAUCUGUGUGUAAUGAAAUGUGGGGUAAUGUCUGUAUAGCGGCAUAGAAGGUCUAGAAGACGAUAAUUGCAGACCGGAAGUUUGUAGCUUGUUGACGAGAGUUAAUAUUGCAGGCUUAGGCUUGUAAAGUAUCUUACAGCCUAAAAUGGUAGCUUACGGCGUUCUUUGCUGUUGCAGAUUUAAUGUUUAGAUAUCUAGUGACAAAAGCCUGCUUGAAUUUUAAGUUUGCUGAUCUAAAGGUUGAGGGAGUUCAAGAAAUUUUAAGCACUGAUUCAGAGCUGUGAUUUAUAUCAUAUAGUUUGUGAGAAAUGACUUGUACAACGGAAGAGGCACCGUAAAGUUUUGGGAGGUUUGAGCUUCUGAAAGUUCAAAGUUAUGGCGAAGCUUGCGAUAGUAAAGCGAAUAAAAUAGGCACAAGAGGGUAGACAUUGGAGAGAUCAGCGACUUUUGCUGCGAGGCUUGACUAUCUGAAGGCAGACGCUUUUUUUUUGUUGGGUUGAAAAAAGGAGUCUGUACAAUGGACGGCAAGGCAGGGCCACAGGUGGCUACGCCAUUUUUCCAGCAUAAUCAAUUUCUUCCAGGCAGGUUUUUCGACGCUUCUUCGCUUCCUGCGAAGCGUUGCAUUGAACCAGCCGAUUCAUCAUGGACUCGAGCAAAUUGGCAGCAACAGCAGCAGCAGCAACAACAGCAGCAUCGUCGUCAUCAUCAGCAACAACAACAGCAUCAAGUGAAUCACUCAACAUAUGAAGGUUCUAGGGCUAAUUGGAACCCUAAUUCAUGGGAAUGGGACAAUGUCAUGUUUUUGGCAAAGCCUAUCCAAUCAUGCAGUACCAAAUCACAGGCUGCUCCUUCGGAGGUCUUGCGACUUGGACUUAGCGAUGACACAGGUUUGGAUCCUGGAGACAAUGGCCUUACAUCUCAAGAGCAGAAAAGGAAGCUGGAGGAAGCGACGAAGCCCUUGUUUCCUAGCAAAGAUUCAUCAGAAGAGGAUGAUGCUGAUGGUAACCUGGCAUUGAAGCUUGGAGCGAGUUGUUACUCUUAUGCUGAUGAUGCAAGUUCGUCCAGGCAGAUAAAGCGUGUAAGAUCAGGCUCUCCGGGUAGCUCUUAUCCUAUGUGUCAAGUAGAUGACUGCCGCGGUGAUCUCACUGCUGCUAAGGACUACCACAGGCGCCACAAAGUCUGCGAGGCCCAUUCUAAGGCUUCAAAAGCCCUCGUUGGUAAUCUAAUGCAGCGGUUUUGCCAGCAGUGCAGCAGAUUUCAUCCGCUUCCAGAAUUUGAUGAGGGAAAAAGAAGCUGUAGACGAAGACUUGCAGGACAUAACAGGCGGAGGCGAAAGACACAGCCCGAGGAUGCGUUGUCCCGGGGGCUGUUAGCUGCUGCUGCUGCUAGCCAGGACAAUGGAGGCUUGGGAAAUUUAAACAUUGUAAACCUUAUCAGCAUCCUAUCACGACUUCAAGGCAAUAGUUCCACAGUGGGGAAGCUAUCAUCGGAUAGAGAUCAGUUACUUCAGUUAUUGAACAAGAUUAUCUCGGUUUCUUCUUCCUCAGAAAAAAUGGUUGGGUCUUCAUUGGGUUUUGAUCUUAACAUUGCUCAAGGCAUACAGCAAUCCCCUAGGCUAGAUGAUCCCAAGGCAAAUGGCCAUCAAUCCUCCUCACCCACUACUGCAGAAGCAAUGGCAAUCCUUUCAGGCUUGACAGGCUCUUCGCCUGAAGCCCUUACUACCAUUCUGAGUAACACCCUUGCUGCUGAGCUUGUUACUAAUUUUAAGGCAGCACCUUCACCUCCUGCUCCAGUGGCUCCUACAAAAACUCAAGAGAACAUUUUACAAACUCAGAAGUCCAACAUCUUCUUUGGUUCUGUAAAGACCAAUUCCAGCCCCCCUGAUAGGGUUUCUGAGCAAGCUCUCCCGCAGUCAGUGUCAUUGCAGCUGUUCAAUUCUUCUGAUAGAAUCAACCCUACUCAGAAUGGCAUUGUCCGAAAAUAUUUUUCUUCUGAUAGCAGUAAUCCUACUGAUGAAAGAUCUCCAUCUUCCUCACCUCCUCUUGUGCAUAAACUGUUUCCUUUGCAUUCUGGACAAGAAGGCAGAGAGAAUGAUAGCAUUUCCAUUUGCAAGGAUGAUAAUCUAGCUCUAGAUGCAAGCCCUAGCAACGAUGGGUACUUGACAUACAAUCUUUCAAAGGUUGGGAAUAGGAUGCCUAACCAGAAUUUAGUGUCAAGAUCACCAUUUCAAGGUGCAGAAUCAAGGUCUCCUGCACCAUUGGCUGGUUAUACUUCAUCCUCUUCUGGAUCAGAUCUGUCUCCAGUUAGCUCUAAUUCAGAUUCACAGGAACGAACAGGGCGAAUUAUUUUCAAGCUAUUUGACAAAGAUCCAAGCAACUUACCUUUGCAAUUGCGCUCACAGAUUCUGGAGUGGCUUUCUAAUAGCCCUUCUGACAUGGAGAGUUACAUAAAGCCUGGAUGUGUGAUGCUUUCCAUAUUUGUCUCAAUGCCAUCUGCCAGCUGGGACUGUCUACGUGACGACUUGCAACAACGCCUGAAAGUACUUGUGGAGGAUGCCAGCACUGAUUUCUGGAGAACUGGCCGAGUAUUGGUUCAAGCUGAGCAGCAAUUAGCUUCUCUCAAGGAUGGUAAGCUUAGGCUGUGCAGAUCUUGGAGGUCAUGGAACUCUCCAGAAAUUUACUAUGUGCUACCCAUAGCUGUUAUAGCAGGCCAAGAAACCAUUCUUACCUUGAGAGGCCAUAAUUUGGCUGCCCCUGAUACAAAGAUUCUUUGUGCCUAUAGGGGGAAGUAUGUCUCCAAGGAUGUUCUUCAAGGAGACAAUACUACAAUGAGCUGCUCGGAAAGUACACUAACUAAUCCCAGGGUGCAAAAGUUCACAUUUUCUGGGGGGUCAGCAAAUGUUUUUGGUCGUUGUUUCAUAGAGGUGGAAAAUGGUUUAAAGGGCAACAGCUUUCCUGUUAUUGUUGCAGAUGCUGCCAUAUGUAGAGAGUUACAAAGUCUUGAAUCUGCAUUUGAAGAUGAAUUCCUUGAGGACAAAUCAUGCAUGCUAGUAACAGAGCAUUUACAAGCGAAUUCUCAAGAUUACAGUAAAGUGAGAUCAAGGGAAGAGGUUAUUAACUUUUUAAAUGAGUUGGGAUGGCUCUUCCAGAGAAGCAGCAGGCAGCAAGCAGGGGCAAAAUUUGCCAGUAAACCUAUUUUGCCUGAAUUUUCAUCUGACCGCUUCAAGUCUAUUUUCAUAUAUGCUGUGGAAAGGGACUGGUGUGCUCUUGUUAAGAAGCUUUUGGAUAUAUUUUUUGAAAUGGCUGCUGGGCAGGAAUCAUCCAACGAUGUCUUGCUGGAAACUAAUCCAUUGCACAGGGCAGUGAAAAAGAAUUGCAAGGAAAUGGUGAUGUUGCUCCUAAACUAUGACAUCUCAACAAGUUCUUUUUCAUCGAAGUAUAUUUUCCAUCCAAAGUUAGCUGGUCCAGGUGACCUUACACCACUGCAUUUGGCAGCUAGUAUGGAGAACUAUGAGCUCCUGGUAGAUGCAUUGACAAGCGAUCCACAGAAUGUUGGGUUGCAAUCGUGGAAUACAGUCUUGGAUGCAAGUGGUCAAACCCCUUAUGCAUAUGCCUUGAUGAGAAACAAUCACUCAUAUAACAGAUUGGUUGAAAGAAAACUGUCAGAUAGGAGGAAUUCUCAGGUGUCAGUUACAGUCACCAACAUAGGAACACCUGAAAAGGAGUCUGUGACAGAAGGAAUUGUUGGAACUUUGCAAUCAAAGACACUUUCUAUAAUAUCAUCACAGCAGAAGCUUCCACAAACCUGUGCUCAGUGUGCAAGUCUUGCCAACAGGAGACUAAGAAGGGUAGCUGGUAAUCAAGGAGUCUUAUAUCGGCCUUACAUGCUUACCAUGCUGGCUAUUGCAGCAGUAUGUGUAUGUGUUUGCCUUCUGUUCAAGGGACCCCCACGUAUUGGUUCAAUUGCACCAUUCAAGUGGGAAAAUAUUGGUUUCGGCUAUAUGUAAUAUACCAACACUGGAGAUGUCUUAUUUCAGAAAGUAUAAAAUUAUCACUGCCAUUCUCUGCCCUAUCAUCAUGUUCUAGAGUAAUUCAGACAUCCCAUUGAUGGGCAAUCAUUACUACCACCAAAAGAACUAUUAAUGCUUAUUCCUUAACAUGUGCUGACUACAAGGUAGCAACCUUAUCUCAUACCGUUCAACCCCAAAUGCUGUAACAAAUGGCUUGAAAGUUCUAAAAGUGCAUAUUCAUCAGGGUUGGUGCCGCCAGGGUAUUUUUGGUGUGGAUAAGACAGCCAGACUUGGAAGCCUUGAUCGAUGCAUAGCACAAACAUUUUGAUUUUUAAUACACAGGAUAUGGUUCAUACAAAAGCCGAGGAAAUAAAGAACAGACAACCAAUGUCUGUAUAAUUGUGGGUGACAUCUCAAAUGCUGCAGCUUAUUUUUCUUGUUCAGGACUAGUGCUAUUGCCUAUUAUCGAUGCUUGGAAUUUGGUUUAAAGUGACUAUCACAGCUGAAAUGGCAAGUCUGCCGAGUUCUUUUAUUCUGUGAUAACACUAGCGUUCACAAUGGCUAGGAAAAAUUUUGGCUAAAUAAGCCCUUCGUUAGCUUCCAUAAGUCUUAUUCUUUGUGAUCUUAUCCUUGUAAAAUAAGAACUAUUAUUACCUUA